UUCACAAGAGACUUCAGUCUUCAGGUGUUACAUUUUGCCAUUUUUGCAUCAGAAAAUCAAGUCUUCAAGAUGAGAAAACUCAAGUCAGUACUUCAUGUUCAUCACAAACAACAAGAACAACAAUCAAGCAGGAGAUUCACAUUCCAAGAGAAAGGAUUACACACAAUCUGGAUUGUGGGUGACAGCUAUGUCCGACGUGGCCAAAGGCAGGCAAAGGAGACCAUGGGGACAAAUCUCGGUGUGUCUGCCCACAUCCAAUGGUUUGGCAGGGGAGGCCUCUGUUGGGAUGGACUACUUCCCUGGCUCAAGCAGUGCAUGAAAGGAAGAACUGCUCCAGACGUACUGGUCAUUCAUUGUGGGGGCAAUGACCUGGGACGUGUGAAAAGCACAGAGCUUCUGAAAGUGAUGAAAAAGGACUUGCUUACACUCUACAAACAGUUUCCCCAGAUGAGAAUCGUGUUUUCAGCCAUCAAUCAGAGGUGCCACUGGAGGUAUGGCCCCCCAGGGAAAGUGGAUAAAGCCCGGAAGUUUGUGAACAAUGUGAUGGCAAGCUUUGUUCUGGCUGUUAAUGGGAGGACUGUGCACCACCCUCACAUUGUACAUGAUAAGCCUGAAUUGUUUUUAAAUGACAAUGUUCAUUUAAGUUCUCAGGGAUAUUGCCUGUUUUUAAGUGCUAUUGCUCAGGCUCUGCAAGACCUGGAAGGUUGAUUUCAUUUUAGGACCAAAUUUUUUGGUGCCAGAAAACUGUGCUCUAAAGCAACCCCCCUCCCACUUAGUAGAGCUUGAAUGUCAUUACAUUACAUUAUUACAUUAUUUUUGUCAGUAGUAGCGACAAAGGUUGACUGUAUCGACUAUAAUAAUUCUUCUCUUCUGUAAAUAUAUUUGCAAAGAA